CACUUCAACGUUAAUCCUUCUGUUCUUUUGUUUCCAGACCAUGAAUCUAACCAGUGGUGUUAUGACAACUUUGUCAACUACCGCUCGCUGAUGUCUGCUGACAAUGUACGCCAGCAGCUGUCCCGGAUCAUGGACCGCUUCAGUCUGCCCCGGCGGAGCACAGAGUUCACCAGCAGAGAUUACUACAUCAACAUCCGACGAGCGCUCUGCACCGGCUUCUUCAUGCAGGUGGCUCAUCUGGAGCGCACGGGCCAUUACCUUACAGUGAAAGAUAACCAGGUGGUGCAGCUGCACCCAUCCACGGUCCUGGACCACAAGCCUGAAUGGGUGCUCUACAAUGAGUUUGUCCUCACCACCAAGAACUACAUCCGAACUUGCACAGAUAUCAAACCAGAGUGGUUGGUGAAGAUUGCACCCCAGUACUAUGACAUGAGUAACUUUCCACAAUGUGAAGCUAAAAGACAGCUGGAGCGAAUUGUUGCCAAACUAGAGAGCAAAGAAUACUCUCAGUACUGAAAUAUAGUCGAGAAGUGUCCUGGAAAACCACCUGCAUACUGUAGUUUUAGAUCUUUCUGUAUCAUUGUACCUUAAUGUUCAAACGUUGGCUUUAUGAUUUAUAGUAUUUGUUUGCUUAUUUUUGUUAUUUUUUUCCCCCCAUCAGUGUCAGUUCUAUAAGUAGGUGUAAUUGAAUAUCAGCAGCAAUUGUUAGAUCCAGCUAUUAUGAUUUUCAAAAGAAGUAAUAUGGAGCAGGUCUUGUUGAUGUGGUUGAACUUUCUUCAGGAGAAAUUGGAGCCAUAACAAAGAUCUGUGCUUGCUUUGUUUCUUUAAUAAAUAAGCUUUGACUUUUAUUGUCUAUAACAUUUUUUGGUUGCUGACAAUAAAAAUGGUUUGAUGGGG